CUGAGUCGAUUUUUCGAAUUUUCUUCUCUGCGGCUGGUUUUUUCGCUGAGGCAGGAAGACCUAGGAAAAUCCACAAAAUACUGAUCGCCCAUGAAUUGUCGUGCGGAGUCGUUAAACGGUUGAGUGAGAUUAUGUGGAACAGUUUGAACAAAUGGAGCAUGCAGGGGUCCCCGUGAUUGGCGAUCAAGGUCCGAUCGGUUAGCACAUCUCACAGCAGACUCAUUGCUGCUGCCUCCCAAAGUCACGUGCAUUGCAACCCAACACCAGUGAUAAUUCACUACAACCCAAAACAACGGGUUCCGAAGCCUCGGUAUUUUCACAGCUCCGACUUUACAGUUUUGACUGGAGAAAUUUGUCGGAGCCACAUGUGUUUUGGUAAAUACGAGGGAGAAAGUGAAACCAAACCGUCCGCAAACUCCGAAAAUAUCGAGCCACAGGGGAGUGGUAUUACGGGAAGCAGAAAGUGUCGUUGUAAUUACAUUGUAAACUGGGUCGCAAGCCUAGGAUUAAUCAUUCUGUGAUCAAGACUCUCGCCUCUUUCUCUGAGACCAAAUUUAGCUUGAUUGGGAUGACUUCCUUUAUUUUUCCAAAUAAGAUUAACUUAAUGUCCACCUUUGAAACACUAGUUCCUAUCUCACACGUCUUACUCUUUCCGCAUUUUAUAUUUGGAGAAGAUUGUGACGCAGAUGAAAUUGAUGGCCUAGGCAUUUUGUUUGGCUGAAUUUUUCACGGUUGAAAAACCGCCUUGGAUCAUUGGUUGACACUCUGUUAACUCUCCCUUCUCUCGAUUGUGUGCUCGCUCUACUGUGGAUAAAACGUUAUGUGGACGGUUUAUAGUUUGAUUAUUACACGAUAGCCAGUUUGUAGUUGAGUAUCGUUGGGUAAGGACGUCAAGAAGAAGCUCUCUCAAAAGGCGAGACGAAUUCGUCCGGUGUAAAUCAGUUCGGCUAAUGGACGUCUCUCGGUUUACGUACAUUUUCCGCACGCGGAAAUUGAGAUAAGUGAAUGAACCAAGUGUGAAAAUAGAACAGGACAGGAUAUACAACUGUAUAGAGUUUAUAUUUAACUCCACUGUCAUCGCUGCCGAGCAAUCUGGGUGAUACACAAGUCGUAGAAAUUCGGGAUUUCGUAAUCAGAGUCAGAGGUCACGGUGAUGGAGGGAAAAAAUAAUUGAUGAUUACUCGGAUGAUUACCAGGCUGAGUCAUUCUGCGCCACUGAGUCCACUAGGUAGCCUGAUAUCAGAGGUUAGAGAUAACCGCAAGAUCCUGAACACGAAUGACAGCGGAUACUGAGAUGCAGUAGCUGGCGACUGUGGUCGGGCUCCGAAGGAAUCGUCUUACACUUCCUCGCGGUCUUUUCAGUAGAGUCGGGCAUCAAGGGUGGAUAAUUAUGAGACGGAAAGACAAGUAGCACUUGGGAUUAUUGCCUUGGGGGACAAAGAUGCCGCAAUAUGAUGAUAGCUUUCUGGAUUCACCGUUGUUUCGGAGACGCGCCAAGAGCUACAGUGUUUUAAAACAGGAUGUGCCGAAAUCUAAAACAUUUCAGAUUACUGCAACACCGUUUCUUCUUGCUGUAACCACUCAGCCGAGAGUAACACCCUCUGUGUCAACAUGCAAUCUUGAAGAAGUCGAGGAGAGAAACAGUGGAAAAGCACGGGGUGGCAAACUAGCCCGCCGUGCGCGUUCCUUCAAGGAGGACUUUCUGGAGAAACUCUCCCAGAUGAGGUCCCCCGGGAUAAACUCAGGGAGUGGCGGUGGCAGUGGUAUAGCAACACGGGCUGCAUCGCCCUCUUCCCCGCGAACUCCCCGAGAAAAGACACCUCUCGGUGACAGUCUUGAUAAGAAUCCACUGAGGGAUCUCCACAUUCACGUCAGACAAGUACAACUUGCACUGCUUCACUUUCGCGAUGUCGUUUCCAAGAAGAAACUCGAGAUGUUACCUGGCAAUGGCACCAUCGUACUCGACACCGUUACCACGAUACAUACUGUACUCAAGUCUUACGUCGUUUAUGAGAAAAGCUCAACACUGAACUCAGCCACAAACCAAGUUUACCAAGCCCUGGCUAAACUGCUGAAACUCUGCGACGAUGUUCUAAUCCAUGGGAAUCAGUCUGCCCCAUGUCCGGCAUUGGACACAGAGAACGUGACACACGUGAUAGGAUUAGUCGAGGAUGCUGUUAAAAAUUUAGUUGCACUGGCGCACGAGAAGAUAUCAAACAGACAGAAGCCACCGCCACUGGCAACUAACAACAGAAGUUCAGGGUACGGAAAUGAACUAUCAGCCCAAAGAAAUUCUCUUCCGGACAUUCCCCUAACACCCCGCGAGCGCCAGAUCCUCGAGCAGACAGCAGCAAGUAGCAAUUUAGUGAGAAGUUCCCACAGUUCCGAGUCCAUCUUGAGGGACUCGAGUCCACCACCGAAGCCACCGCUUCCUGACAGGACUAAUAUCAGUUUAUCGGAAGACAACGGUUCCUCGACACCUCCACCACUCCCCCCAAAACGUCGCACCCGUGCCCAACAGCUCUUGGACGAGUCAGAGGGCCUAUUGGCAUCGAGUUUGGACCGUGUCUCUUUAAGGAGCCGCUCCCCAGAGGACUCGUCGUCCUUACUGAGUGCGUCAGCGGGAAGUUUGGACUCGGCGCUGAAUCACUCGAGGGAUGACGACGAAAUUCGCUCGAUCAUGGGGCCAAAUGAUGAGUCCUUGAAUGAUAGUAUGGAUCUCAGUCUCAUGGCGACCAUACACGGUCUACAAGUCAAUGGAACUAACAACUGUGGCUGCUGGGAUGGUUCCGAAACAAGUAUACCGAGUACAAUGCUGCUGGGCCAGCAGACACCCCAGGAGAUGAUAAAUCCAUUCACUGGAAUGGAGGGAAAAAUCGAGAGGCUUUCAACUCAGACCCAAGAAUCUGGUUUCGUUUCCAUGCACUCGCAGAGAAGCUCGUCACAGAGCUACACAGCCUCGAGCAUGACAUCCAAGAGAUCCUCCCAGCAGAGCAGUGUCAGUUACAACUCGCAGUCAUUCACUUCACAGCAGCAGUCCUUCUCCCAGCAAAAACUCUCCGAGUGCACUGAGAGCUCCAUCAUGACGCAGAGAACUACCAGUUCAAAGAGCAGUCUCACCACUACCAGUAUCACCGGCAAUGGCGAUCCAGCACUACUGGAAAAACUGGUAAAUGAAAUCGAGUCGAUCACUGGUCCAGACUCCAACGGAAUCCCCCCAGCCCUCCCCGAAAAGCGUUCGAAGAGGCGAAAAGAUCGCCAGCCCUCGCAGUACGACAAUGUACCUGAAAAUGAACACCUGUCCACCUGCAGUCUGCACGCAAACUCCAGCGACAGCCCGGAUGCCAGUAAACCACCGCCCCUGCCCCUCAAGAAGCGACACAUGUUCCAAUCGGUGGCAUAUUCCGUAAUGGCAUACAUGGAGAUGUUCGGCAACUGCUCGCACACCACCAACGACUUUAUUUCCGGUCUUGGCACGCGACACUCUGUGGCUGCAUACAAUUCAAUGCAGGCUGAAUGGCAGCAGCAUGAAAUGGCACUCACAACGACACAAUCGUGCUCCUCCAUGGUACACACCAUGACCAGUCUACACGAUGGGACAAGUAUAUCGAUCAGUAUGAGUCCAACAAUAAAAGAAGUGGCGAAUCACUCUAGUCUGCCCCCUGCCCUGCCGCCAAAGCGAUCGAGAUCGACGCGAUCCACCACAACACCGCCUCCAAUAUCGCCAAAACCCACUAUCAGCAUGCAAAUACUCCACACCCCAGAGCCAGUCAUCACCUCGACACCUGUUAAGGAGAUAAAGGAGGAGCCUGUCAGCACUGUUGAUAAGAAGGACAAGCACUCUCCUGUUCACAAUCUCAAUAAUAAUAACAAUGUAACGUUGGAUGUUGCACUGAGUAAUUCGCGGCCAGGGAGCAAUGCAUUGUCGUCGGUUUCUGUGGACGAGAAUACUCUGGAGCUCAGGGAUAUCGAGCAGGAUGACGGUAUUCUCGAUGAACUGGACAUCAGCAAACACCUGGUGUUUAAGAAAAGUGAGGAAGACGGACCGGAUAUACGAGGGGGGCACCCGGAUGCUCUGUUGAUUCAUGCGACUAAAGCUAAUAAACAUGACGAAAAAGAAUCAGAUUUCCUGUAUCAGGAAGCGUUCUUGACGACAUACAGGACAUUCAUGUCCCCUCUUGAACUCAUCCAGAAGCUUCACCGCCGUCACCAGAGGUUCUCCUGUUCCCCAGACGUCGUGAAGCAGCGAGCAGCUCGCGAGGCCUUCUCCCUUUUAGUACGUGUCGUCAGUGACCUGACAAUGUCCGACCUGGACGACGUCCUCCUCCAGACCCUGAUGGAAUUUGUCCAGCAACUAGUUUGCAGUGGUGACCUGACAAUGGCGAAGGCCCUUCGCGUCAAGAUCCUGGAGAAGCAUCAGCUGAAGCAGAUGCAGUCAGCCCAACCAAUUCUCUCAUCCCUCAGUGUCUCCACCAAGCAGGCCUCCCUCCUCGACUUCAAGAGCGAGCAGAUUGCCGAGCAGAUGACACUGCUAGAUGCCGAGCUCUUCAUGAAGAUAGAAAUACCAGAGGUGCUGAUUUGGGCGCAGGAGCAAAACGAGGAGAGGUCACCUAAUCUCACCAGAUUCACCGAGCACUUCAAUAAGAUGUCAUACUGGGCAAGAUCGAGGAUUCUCGAGCACAGGAUGGAGAAUGAGGCGAAGGACAGGGAGAAAUAUGUCGUUAAAUUCAUCAAGAUUAUGAAGCACUUGAGAAAGAUCAAUAAUUUUAAUAGCUAUUUGGCUCUCCUAUCUGCACUGGACAGCGCUCCCAUCAGGAGGCUCGAGUGGCAGAAGCACAUCACUGAGGGAUUGAAAGAGUACUGCGCACUCAUUGACAGUUCCAGCAGCUUCAGAGCGUACAGGCAGGCUCUAGCUGAGACACAACCGCCGUGUAUACCUUAUAUAGGACUGGUACUGCAAGAUUUGACAUUCGUGCACAUUGGAAACAGUGAUCUGCUGCCUGAUGGCACUAUUAAUUUCUCGAAGCGUUGGCAGCAAUUUAAUAUUGUUGAGAAUAUGAAGAGAUUUAAAAAGUGCACGUACUCCUUCAAAAAGAACGAGCGCAUAAUAACAUUUUUCAACAACUUCAGCGACUUCCUCUGCGAGGAGGCGAUGUGGCAAAUCUCAGAGAGUAUUAAGCCCCGUGGAGGCAAGAAGCCCCCGCAGAACUAAUCGCAAAAAUUCUCCAAAAAUUGCGGAUCUAGUAAAACUCAUUCAACAAAGAAUGAAACCAGCGAGAGAAUUUUUUUUUAAUUACCAAAUGACGUGGUAAUUCCACCGACUAUCCAGUCCACUGUGUGAAUGGUUUUCGCCUCUGUGAGGUACGGAAAUUCACAAUUUCUAAUUUUAAUUAGGGAAGAUAAUUAAACGAGAGAGAGAGAGGGGAAAAAUUAAACUCUGCUUCGAAGAUUUUGGCGAGUUGCACUUAACUGAAAGCUUUAGACUAACUGAUAAGAGACAAGGUAUUGAAAAUGUCUCACUUGGACAACUAACUUAUAGAUGUGCAUUUUUUUGAUGAAAAUUAUUUAUUAGUUGUGUACGAGAAAUAUUUUUUUUCGUUGAACGUACAAUUGUCGUUUUUAUUUUACGUAGUUAGUGACAUUUUAAUGGUCAACGGUGUGCUGUUGAUUACACAAGGAUGAACACCAAUUACGUUGAUUGAUGUUAGCUAUUGGGGUCUCACUGCGGGGCACAUAGCACGACUGAGACCAACUGUUACAUAUACUAUUGUAUAUGAUUAUUAACGAGAGAAAAAUUGUAAUCGAUAAUUCCUUUGAUUUCUCUUCUGUUAAGGCUAGUUCAGGCUUUUAUCGAAAUAUAUGUUUUCUCAAUUAGUAGGUACGCAGAGACGAGUAGAAAAUAUGGAUUCUGUACAUUCCAGUUAGUGUAUAUUAUAGACUCAUGUUUUAGUCAUUAAUUCACGUAAAAUCGUUGAGAAUUUAUUUUCGUUUCUCAUUCGGUUUUGGUUGAUGUGUGGAUUGAAAAAUGCGGGAGUCAGUGUACUCAGGUGAAAAAUCCAAUAGAAUUUAUAAUUCUUGCAAACUCAUUCCCGACCACAAAUUAAAAUCAAAAUCGUUGAAUUGUCUGAUGAUUAUUCCGUCAAUUAAUUCAAAAAUACUCAAAUCGAUUGCACAAUUAGUCUCCUAUUUCACUUAUUCUCAAAAAAAUAUGGAGUUCUAUGUCAUUGAGGGAAAAUCCACAAGUAAUUGACAAUUUCCAAUAAUUACCCCUAAAGAAUUAAAAUGAAAAUAGUCGCAUUGCCUGUCAAUUAAUUCCCAAAAAAACUCGAAUAAACUGCACAAUUAUUUUUCCAUUUCACUUACCUACAAUAAUUGCUAAACCAACAAAAAAGCGUCAUAAUAAUUCACCCAGUGUCCACGUGUGUAUGUUGAUGUUCGUAUAAUCGUAAAAAUGAGGAGCGAGGCCUAAAGCAGAUGUCGCCCACUCGAGAAACCCCACAAGAAUAACCAACCAAAGCUCAUUAUUGAAAUCCCCAGCAUUAAUAGCCCAACAAGGAACAAACAACUGACUUAUAAUCAUCAGAAAAGAUUCGUUUGAGCCGAUCAAUGCAGCUCAAGGAUCAAUUUGCUUGACACAUAGACUUAGCAACAUUUGCCUUGUGAAAUCUAGCUUAGAGUCCGCAGAGUAACGGGGAAAAUAAUUAAAAUCGAUUAAAUAACACCAAUAGAGCAAAUAGACAUCAUCAAUAGUAACACCAGUAAUAGUUGUACAUUGAGAAAGAAUUUUUACGAUUUCAAUUUUCAAUGGCUUGAUAGAUAAUCCAGUGGAGUGCAAUAUUACAGAUAUUUUAAUUGUCAUUUAAGCUUGCAAAAAACACGUCCGUCAGUUAUCAAUUAAUCGCACCCUCGAUAGCAUUUAAUCGAUGCACCAAUUUUUGAUGAAUUUUUUCAGUGAAUGUAUUUUGCAUCAGCAAAUUUUUUAAUUCGCUGCAUUAUUGUUUAUGUAGGUAGUACGUAUUAUUAAAGUAUCCAGUGUAUUUAAGAGGUUUUAUGAGUGUUGUAAAUAAUCAAAUUGCAUCAGUCCUUCGUCAACACUAUGAGAAUAGUAUUAACAAUCACUAAGUAAUUGUAAUGACGGAAUUAUUUUGACAUGACAUCGAGAGAGUGUAGAUUACUUCUUAAGUUGGUGAAUUUAUGAUAAAUGCAAUCAUUGUGAUGCCAUAUUAAGUUGUAGGUAUAGCUAUGUAUCUAAAGAAUCUUUAUAUCAUUUUUAUUUAAUUGAUGAUGAGAGGUAUCAUUAAACAGAUAAACUAUUCAAUUAA